UGGUUGUUGUGCUGCUAUUAAACAAAGUUUUCUUUGGUGCUCCGAUAAACUCUUGGGAAUUUUUUAUUUUGUAAACGAGAGACUCCGGUUACUUUUAUACACAACCAUAACGACUAUACACUCAUAAGGAAAGGGAAGCUUCAAACACAGGAAAGUCUCAAACACACCAAUUUCAAGUCCUUCCUUUUUUCUUUGUCUUUUUAUUUUUGAAUCUUUUAUUUUUUACCCUUACGAUUAAAAUUCUCUUCAUUUAAAAAAAAAUAAAAUAAAAAAAAUGCAACAAUUCACACCUUACUUUCCCGGUUACGAAACCUCGAGUCAACAACAACAACAACAACAACAGACUCAAGAUCAGCAACAACAGGCUUUGGCCAUAAGUGGUCCUAACCUUGCCAUUUAUUCUCCUGCUGCCAUGCAACCUUUGUCUGUCUUGGCUGCCGCUCAAAGAAAGGAACAACAACAACAACAACAACAACACCAGCAACACCAGCAGGUCGCUUUGCCUUCUCCUUCUACCAUGACAGACAUCGGUGCUCACGGUAAGCCCAAGAGAAAGCAAGUUAAGAAUGCAUGUGUCAAUUGUCAAAAGGCCUGUAAGAAAUGUGAUAUUGGUAGACCCUGUCAAAGAUGUAUUAAGUAUGGAUUAACCGAAACUUGCGUUAACUCUGUUCGUAAGGAACGCAAGAAGGGCGUUAAGCGUGGUCCUUACAAGAAGAGAAUUAAGUCUGGUGGAGAUAGCGGUACUUCUUCAGGUGCCUCUACGCCUAACAUGGCCUCUCCCAUGAUUAAUGCCAACCUAUAUGCUCAAAACACCGCUGUUCGUGCUAAUGCUUUGCCAAUUCAUUAUCAGCCAUUCCCUACCCAAGGUUACCACAACCCUUAUGCCUAUGACAACAACAAUCAAAUGAUGCCUCAAUCCUACAUGGUUCCUGCUGCGAUUCAACAAAUGUAUCCUACUGGUAACCCUGUUUUGUCCUAUCAAGCUGCUAUGAACAUGAUCUCUCCCCAACAACAACAACAACAACAGCAGCAGCAGCAACAGCAGCAUCAGCAGCAACAACAACAACAACAGCAGCAGCAGCAGCAACAACAACAACAACAACAGCAGCAUCAGCAACAACAACAACAACAGCAGCAACAACAACAACAACAACAGCAACAGCAACAACAACAGCAACAACAGCAACAUCAACAGCAGCAAGCUGUUAAUGGUACUUAUAGACUUCAGGAACAAAUGCAACAACAACAACAAUCUCCUAACCCCGCCAAUAAUAACACUAAUAAUAAUAGCACUACAUCCACCCCAAUUCUUACCGCUACUUCGAUUGUUCCCACUAUCACUAAUGAUGCUACCACUAAAGUGGAUGAUGAUGAUGACGAGGGAUCGAAGUUGACCAUUUUAUCUCAACUUUGUAGCGCUGUACUUGAUCGUAAUGAUACACCCAAGGAUAACGAGGAAAUUAAGACUGAAGACACCCAUCAGAACACACCUCCUCCUAGUCGUCCUCAUUCCCGUGAAACCUCUCAUGACACCAGCAAUAACAAUGAGGUGAACAUCAACUCUGGUGUGCCCAAUUUUGGUAACGACUCACCCCAUACAUACGUCAACGGCCACUUGGCUCAUCGUGGUACUGUCAUGAACAAUAUUUCGUAUGGUACACCUGGUUCUUCUCCCGCCGACUCUCCCGUCGAUCCUCUUAAUUUUAACAAGGUGAACGAGAACGGCUGGGCUCAACAAGAACAACAACAACAAUUCCAACAAGAGCAUAACCAAUCCUAACUAGACAAAAAAAAAAAAAAAAAAAAAAAAAAAAAAAAACUCUUUCUUUAUAUGUGUACAUACCAAAAAGAUGUACUUUUUCUUUUCCAUCUUUUUCACUCCAUUUUUUUUUUCUUUUCUUUUUAAAUAUAUACUUUUAUGUACUGCAUUUUCCAAAGAUUUUUAGUCGUAUUUUGGCUAAUUUUUUGGGAUGAAGUCAUGUUUUCUUUGGUAAAUUGGAGUACGUAAAUAAAGUUAUCUUUUGUAUUAGUCAAUGGCAUCCUGAAAAACAACUAUAAAACAAAAGUACGAUGAGAUAAUGGUUCAGGACAAGCAUCAUUAAUUAGUUUACAAUAUCAAUG